UUGAAUCGUUGAGGUAUGCUUUUAAUUUCCUUGUCUUGGAAACCCUUGACAGGAAGUGAUUCAGCAAUCAACAUGUUUAUAAACACAACCUGAUGAAAUGAUUCUAUUUUUAACAUCAUAUCGCAUGUUUCAAAUGUUGUCUGAUUCAUUUAGCAACGAAGCUUAGACGAUGUCAAACACAGAUAUAUAGCUUGUUUUGAUUGAAUUUAAAGCAGUUGGACUAUUACAAAAGUAAAAUGGGAGAUGAUGAAAGCUGCAAAAGAGAGGAAAAUACAACCAAACUUCCAUCAGCAUUCAAAAGGUUACGGGUUGAACCAGAAAGUCCGAAAGUUUCUGCUGACAUAGUAACAAGUGAAAGUGCCCUUGUUGUCCAGGACUUGUGGCUAAGGGACAGUGGCGGGAAGCAGGAAAGAUCAACGAAAAGUAGUGAUAAACCCCAUCUUAAGAAAAGCAGCAGUAGGAUGGAGCCGUACCCUCAGGAAGUCAUCUUUUCCAUGCAGAAAAUGACCUUGAAAAAGGAAGAGUGCAAUACGAAACAUUGUCGCUGCACUAAUGAUAGCGAUACGGAAAACCGAAACAAGUACAACUAUGCCAACGUCUCUGGAUCUCCGCGUCGUUUAAUUCGAGAAGCCAGACUCAAACUGCAUCAUUCAGAGAAAGACCGAAAGCAUAUCAUUAGGUCAGCGAGACUCAAACUAAUUAAGAAAGACAGGAAGAGUGAUCCCACUGGCUUAAAUGUGAUGAAGCUUCCCCAAUCUACCAAUAAUUCUUCUGAUAUUUCUGUAUUUGGAUCCGGUACUAAAAAAGUUCUUAGUGAUUUUUCUAGUAUGUGUAUUUCGUCCAAGAAAUCAACAGAGAAAAAUAAUUCUUUUGCUUCGUUUGAUGUUGAUCAUCGACAUAAUUUAACUGGUGGUAGAAAACAUUCUCGCGACAUUGACACCAACGGUAACUCGCCUGGUUCAUCCUGCAGUCCGAAAGCCAAGACUGCACGGCAUUCUAAAACAAGGUCUGCCCCUGGCAGGUCCGUUGAAUCGGUGGUUAGCAGGACCAGCCAAGAUCAGGUCUUGGAGCGAUCAUGUUCACAGGAGGCGCGACUUGAUGAUAUGACUGUGAACGAGUUAGCAGGCUAUUUUGAAGAUUUUGUUUAUAUCCCGAAAAAGAUGUCAAGCAUGGCUGAAAUGAUGUAUACAUGAAUAUUGCACCAAGUUUGUGUUCAGUGCUAUUUGGUUCAAGUCACCUAUUGCAUAUUGCUUACUACCUUUGGUCAAAUAUGAUGUCCAUUAUUAAUUUGUAAAUACACCAUUAUUCAGAUCCCCCCCCCCCCCCAUCUCUCUUUCCCAAUGUUUUGCUUGAAAAAAUUACAUCAGGCAAUAAUUUUCUGCAGUUUUGGAAAUUCAUACUUUCAUGCAGUUUUUCUCAUACAAUUACAUCAUGAUUUGAAGAGCAAUUUUUACUUUUUAUUCAAGAAAUUUUCAAGGGAGAUAACUUUGAACUUCACACUUACGAGAGGUUAAAACAUUGUAAAUUUAUUCAUUCGAGUACCGGUAAUUUUUUUCGACAAUUUCAGUUAUGUCAGCUGAGAUCUAUAAUUUUAGCUUUGUCAAAUUUAAAAUGUCUGCCAGGGUAGAUAGUUGUGAAUGUGUCCUAUUUCAUUAUACCUAGUGUUUGAUUGUUCGGACUUCGUUUCUGGAGAUUUGUUCUUGUCCAUUAUAUAUUAGUGCCUGUAUCACUUGCAGCAGUGCUCCAUCUCUGUAAAUAAUCGGUUUUUGCUUUCCAUAUCUGGCAUUAUUUCAUAUUGUGCUCAAGAAAAUAGAAUUUGUUUGUUUUUUAUUUAAUUUUCUGAUUUUGUGUCAUACAAACAGAAGAAAGGCGGGUCAUAGUACAAGGAUUAAAAAUAUUAAUUGCUGUAAUUUAUAACCUGAUGUCAUAUAUGACAUUUUGAAUUUGAUAUCAAUUUCUUAAUGUAUAUAAUAAAAUGUUCACUUUGUUGUUGAAAAGUA